AUGAAAAAAUUGCUUGUCGUAUCAGGACUUACAGGAUCAGGAAAAUCAACAGUAGUUUAAAUAUUAAGUGAAUAAUUAAAAACACCAGUGAUACCUGUAGAUUCUCUGUAAGUAUGAAUUGUUAUAUAAGUUUAGAUUUAUAAGAAUUGGCCAAUAUCAAGUAAUUGGCCAAAAAAUAAAGAGACUUAUAAAUUGAUAGGAAAAUAUGAUGGUUUAAAAUAGAGUAUCACAAGCUAUCAUUUUAAAAAAGAUGUUUUAGAAAUAUUGAAAUAAACUGAUAAUCCUAUUUUGGAAGGGGGAUGUUGUUUCUUUUUAAAUUAUUUACUUAACUCAAGAAAAGAGUAAUUUUCAGAUGAGAAAAUUAAAGCUGCAGAUUAAGAGGCAUUAAAAUUAUUACAAAAUUGUGAAGAUCCAUAAAGUCUGUUGAAAUCAUAUUUUACAAGUUAUGAUGACUCAAUUAAUAUAUCUGAUAGAUAUAGAAUUUAGAAAGCUUUAAGAUUUGCUAUUUUGACAAAUGGAUAAUCAAUAACAUCUCCAUUUAAUGAAUAAGAUCCACGACUAAGUGAUGAAAUGGAUAUUAGAGGUUUUUUUAUUACAGAACCUCAAAUAAAUAUUUCUAAAAAAAUUUAUUCAAGGUAAUUAUUAGAUUAUUAUAUACGAUAAUAGGUGUGAUGAAAUGAUUCGAUAAGGAAUUUUGGAGGAAUUCUACUAAUUUUAUUUGAUGCUAGAUUAAAAAGAUUUUCGUGUUACUACACCUAUCGGGUUUGAUGAAUUUAUAAAUUUAAUGAAAUGUUUUUAAAAUAUCUUUGAGGGAAGAUAUAUAUCUAAUAGAAGAGCAGAAAAAUAGAAAAGAGAAUAUGUUGUGAAAUUUAUAUAACAAUUUUAUGUAAAAUCACGAUAAUAUGCAUCAUAUUAACGAAAAUAUUUUAGAUCUAAUUUAAAGGAAUUUAUAUGGAUAGAUAAUAGAACAAUAAGUAUUCCAUAAUUAAUAAUGUAAUAUUACAAUUGUGAUCGAGAGGAAUAUGAAACAAGAGUAAAUUCAGAAUAGAAUGAAGGAUUGAAAAAUGAAUAGGGAUCAACAUUACUUGGUAAAUAGAAUGAUCCAAUGCCAUCAAAGGAAAUAUAAGAUAUAGUAUAUAAAAAAGUUUAAGAAAUAAUGGAAUAAUGAAUAUCUAAAUAUGUGUAU